AUCCCGACGCACGCAUCCUCUCCUCCCACCCCGCGACCGCGCCUCUAGCUCUUCCUCUCUCCAGCCGCUCGUAGGCGGCCCCCGUCGAUCGCCCUGCCGCGGAGCGCUGGAGAUCCAUCCGGAGUUGGAUUCUUUGCUUGGUAAUAAGCUUUUGUCACCGUGCAAAAUUGUCAGAUUUGCUGAAAUGGGAGGUGUAAUUGGACAUGGUGACUCGCCAAGGAACAGUUCACCGGCAUCGAAGUUAGAGAAGAAGAUGGUUGAAGCCAUGCAGCAGAGGGCGUUAAAAGGAACUUCCGUGAAAUCAUUCAAUAGUGUUAUCAUGAAGUUUCCUAAAAUUGACGAGAGCUUGAGGAACUGCAGGACUAUCUUUCAGCAAUUUGAUGAAGAUUCCAAUGGUGAAAUAGAUCAACAGGAACUGAAGCAUUGUUUCCAAAAGUUGGAUAUCUCAUCCACAGAUGAGGAGAUAAGAGAUCUUUUUGAGGCAUGUGAUAUUUAUGAACACAUGGGCAUGAAGUUCAAUGAGUUUAUUGUCUUCCUGUGCCUUGUUUAUCUUCUCAAUGACCCGGCGGUGUCAGAAGCAAGAAAAAGAAUGGGAUUAGGUAGCCUGGAGCCAACGUUUGAGACAUUGGUUGAGUCAUUUGUCUUCUUGGACAAGAACAAAGAUGGGUAUGUCAGUAAGAACGAGAUGAUACAAGCAAUAAAUGAGACUACUGCAGGAGAGCGCUCUUCUGGGCGCAUUGGCAUGAAAAGAUUUGAGGAAAUGGAUUGGGACAAGAAUGGAACAGUAACCUUCAAGGAGUUCCUCUUUGCCUUUACUCGCUGGGUGGGGAUUGAUAACGAUGACGACGACGACGAUGAAUGAGUGGAACUGAAGAUUAGCCAUUCUGAAUAGGCCAAGCCAACCCUCAGGAGGCGUCCAGCAGUAUUCUCCUACUGCGAAUUGGAGUACUAAAUGACAAUCAAAAGUAGUAGUAGUAGUUCAUGUUCACUGGCGUGUAGUUGAUCAUGGCUGUUUAUGUUCUUGUUAAUAGAAUGAACCCAAGUUGUUUCUAGUUGUGGUAGGCAUUUGCUGAUAAAAGGAUACAUCUGUCAGACGGUGUUCGGUCGUAGG